GAUACCUUGACGCAUGCGCAGUAGUAUCUCUAAGUUGUGGAGUUCAUCAGUUUACUUGUGACGACUCAAUCAUACAGACGCGUAAUAUGGCUAGUGGUAGUGCAAAACAAUUUGGAGGAAGGUCAAAGGGUGUGGAAAAUUGGACAGAUGCUGAGACUAUCGCUGUAAUCAACAUCUGGGGGGAGGAAGAUAUGCAAAGACAUUUUGCGAGUGUGCGUUUCACUAAUGUUCAGGUAUUCAGAAAGAUUGCGGAGCGGCUGAGAAAGGAUUACGGUGUUGACCGUACAGCCCAGGCUUGCCAGAACAGAAUCAGAAAGUUAAAGGAGAACUACAAAAAAGUCAAAGACAACAACAAUCGUAGUGGUAGGGGCCACAAAACGUGCAAGCAUUUUGAUGAACUAGACAAAAUACUUGGAAAUCGCCCAUUGCAAAUGCCCCGCAACUUGCUAGAUACAAGUACAAGCACCCAAGCCACAGAUGAGAACUCCCAUGAUGAUAUUAUUGAGGAUGGUGAUGAAAAUAUUGACGAGGAGGAUGAGCUGGAUGACGCUGUGGAACCACUGGGGUCUCCUAGUGAACGCCAAAGGAGUGCCAGCUUCAGCUCAACGAGUAGCGCUGACAGCUUUAUUCCUCUGAGAAGAGGUGGUACUGGCACCAGAAAGCGAAGAUCAACUGGGGAAACCUUAAGCGAAUUGUGGGAGUCGAUGGUGGACGAAAUGAGAAAAGAACGCGCUUCAGCUCUUGAGUUUGAAGAAAAAAGACUGAAGGCAGAACAGGAAAUGCAGAUGAAAAUGUUUGAUAGAGAAGACCGUCAACGGGCAAUGGAUCGAGAGAGAGAGGAGAGGCAACGACAGGAACGACGUGACGAGAAGGAAAGAGAAAGACAGCACCAGCUUGAAAUGAUGCGUCUUCUUAUGCAAAUUAAAAAUUAAACGGCCAUUCCACAAAAGUUUUAUAAGAUAAGGACACAUUCUUGCAAGAUUGCAUGAUUACAAUGAGAGUAUCCUUUCCUUGUUAGUAAGAUCACAUGAUUCCACCUCAAAGUGUGAACCAUUUACAAGGUUGUAGAAACAAAAGGUAAAUCAUUGUUGGUACAAAAACGACUAACUAUAUCCUCGAUUGCAAUGAAAAAACUUUUGGCAAGUGCCAUUUAAAGUCGAAUUGAUAUUAUAAAUUAAAGGCAUGAUCAGGCUUCUACUCGAAACAAAACAUGCUUUUAAAAAUAAUUUGUUCUUCCUUGGACAGUAAAACAAUUGUGUGUCUACUCAUUCCAAAUCCUGAGUAGUCACUAUGUUAAACUUCACAAUGGCAAUUUAUCAAUCUGUCGAUCAAUGAGCACACACAUAUCUAAUGUUCAAAUUUAUUGUUUAUUAAAACCAAUAAAUGGCAAAUGGUUA